UAAUUUUAUAUCCUCGUCCCAUAAAGACCAUAAAGACCAUUAAGCCUUCUCACUCGCUUACUCCUUCACUUCUCAUGAGCUAUGGCUGCGAUUGUUGCCAUUGCUACGAGACUAACGCGAACGGCACAAUGGUCGAUUGUGCAACAGCAAUAUCUGCUGCGUUUAGUGUCAACAUCAUUGUUUUCGAACUCAUCUUUCCAAAAUCACUCCUCUUCAGCAUUUCAUCGAGCAGGUCUUGUGCAUUCUCCACUCCUAAGCUAUGUCCCACGUUUUGUCUCCUCCAAUUGCUUCUCCACUAAAAUCAUCUCCGACAUGUUAGAUAUCAACCAAUCCUUGGUUCCGUUGGAACAGGGUCUGAUUGAUUUGAUCAGACACGUCUCUCAGCUAGAGUCAGAGACGGACGCCAUGGCUUCUCUAGAAGAAUCAUCAUUUGAUCUAAAUCAUGAAUCUUUCUACUCUUUAAUCUGGGAAUUAAGAGAUGAAUGGAGGCUUGCCUUUCUAGCAUUCAAAUGGGGAGAGAAACGCGGCUGUGAUGAUCAGAAAGCUUGUGAUUUGAUGAUCUGGGUGUUGGGUAAUCAUCAAAAGUUCAACAUUGCUUGGUGUUUGAUCCGUGAUAUGUUUCAUGUAUCAAAGGAUACUAGAAAGGCCAUGUUUCUCAUGAUGGACAGAUAUGCUGCUGCUAAUGAUACUAGCCAAGCUAUUCGGACAUUUGAUAUUAUGGAUAAGUUUAAACACACUCCUGAUGAUGAAGCAUUUCAAGGAUUGCUAUAUGCAUUGUGUAGACAUGGGCACAUUGAAAAAGCUGAAGAGUUCAUGCUUGCAAGCAAAAAGCUCUUUCCGGUCGAUGUUGAGGGAUUCAACAUCAUUCUUAAUGGUUGGUGUAACAUUUGGACUGAUGUGACUGAAGCAAAGAGGAUUUGGCGAGAGAUGGGGAAUUACUGUAUCACGCCUAACAAGGACUCUUACAGUCACAUGAUCUCUUGCUUCUCUAAAGUUGGGAACCUUUUUGAUUCUCUCAGGCUCUACGAUGAAAUGAAGAAACGGGGAUUGGCUCCAGGGAUUGAAGUUUACAAUUCUUUGGUUUAUGUGUUGACCCGUGAGAAUUGCUUUGAUGAAGCUAUGAAGCUUAUGGAAAAGUUGAACGAGGAAGGAUUAAAGCCAGAUUCAGUCACCUACAACUCGAUGAUACGCCCCCUUUGUGAGGCUGGAAAGCUGGACCUUGCCAGGAAUGUAUUGGCAACCAUGAUAAGUGAGAACCUUAGUCCAACAGUUGAUACAUUUCAUGCAUUCCUUGAGGCUGUAUAUUUCGAUAAAACUUUAGAGGUUUUAGGCCAAAUGAAGGUCUCUGGCUUAGGUCCUACAGAAGAGACCUUUCUUCUCAUUCUUGGAAAAUUGUUCAAGGGAAAGCAACCAGAAAAUGCUUUGAAGAUCUGGGCGGAAAUGGAUCGUUUUGAGAUAGUGGCUAAUCCUGCUCUUUACUUGGCUACAGUACAUGGCCUUUUGUCAUGUGGGUGGCUUGAAAUGGCCAGAGAGAUCUAUUCAGAGAUGAAAUCAAAGGGGUUCCCAGGAAAUCCUAUGCUCCAGAAACUUCUGGAGGAGCAAAAGGUGAAGGGGAUCAGAAAAAGCAAGAGGAUAGAUCCUCAAAAAGUUGGUUCUCGGGGAGGCUAUAAGGACCUCAUGGUCUCCACUCUUCUGAAAUGUGUUAUGUGCAAUCUGCACGAGACCAGAAGCUUGGUUCCCAACCUAUCCGUUCCAUUUGGUUUGUCUGCUUUCACUUCAUCUGCCGUGCAGUAUUCCAGGAAUCUCUCUCCAGAUUACAUGAAAGACAUUAGAAACUAGUGUGAUUCUUGAUUGUUACACGUCCACGCAUCGCUGCACGUUCAAGUUACAAGAAGUUACGGUUCAGGCCAGACCGCACAACAGGCAAAGGCUGAGCUCAAUGUGUUUCAAAGGCAAGAUCUUCAGAGCUCUCAUUGUCUAUUAUGCCUUUUUCUGUAUUCUUUUUGUCCUUGGACUUCGUUUUUUAUAAUUCUUCUGUAUCAUAACUCAUGAAUCAAUGAUGAAUGUUAUG